AUGCCCCUGCUGCCCGGCACUGUGGGCCUGGCAGCCCUGCUCUUCUGGGCAGGCCAGACAAUGAACGCCUUGAUGCCCAAUGCCACCCUGGCACUGGCCCAGACCGAGCGCACAGCUGUGCGGCCCCUGAGCGGCCUGGGGGUGCCCUGGUACCGGCGGAAGCGCCACAUCUCUGCCCGGGACAUGAGUGCCUUAUUGGAUUAUCACAACCACAUCCGGGCCAGCGUGCACCCACCUGCUGCCAACAUGGAGUAUAUGGUAUGGGAUGAGCGGUUGGCCAGGUCUGCUGAGAUCUGGGCCACCCAGUGCAUUUGGGGCCACGGGCCCUCACAGCUGAUGAGAUACGUGGGCCAGAACCUCUCCAUCCAUUCUGGCCGGUACCGCUCGGUGGUGGAUCUUGUGAAGUCUUGGUCAGAGGAGAAGCGGCAUUUCUUGUUUCCAUCCCCGAAGAACUGUACCCCACACUGCCCCUGGCGCUGCAGUGGCCCUGUCUGCUCCCACUAUACCCAGAUGGUGUGGGCAUCUUCCAAUCGGCUGGGCUGUGCCAUCCACACCUGUGGCAGCAUCCACGUCCGGGGCAGCACCUGGCACCAGGCUGUGUACCUGGUCUGCAACUACGCCAUUAAGGGCAACUGGAUCGGUGAAGCACCGUACAAGAUGGGGAAGCCAUGUUCCUCCUGCCCUUCCAGCUACCGAGGCAGCUGCAACAGCAACAUGUGCUUCUCAGGGCUCAAAUCCAACAGGCUCCUGUGGUUCUGAAUUUUCCCUGGGCUCUUGCCAGCCGC